AGUGUACUCACGUUUACCAUUUCAAUGACAGUUGACUGAAAAAACAAGGAACAGCAGUCUGGAUUAAAAACCGUACUGUCGUAGACAUAUGUAUUUCUAAAAAUGUUUUACGAUAUAAUUUUUGAAACAGGAAGGGUUCUCUGAACUCUUUGGUAAUCAAGUUAAUCAGUGAACUCCAAGUAUGGAUGGAAAAUCCACAAGCUCGUUGUUUCGCUAUCCCACGUCCUUCUGCGUUUACGCAUUGCUGACACUGAUGGUAUUGUUAAUUCUCAUUUUAAACAUUGCACAAAUCAAGAAUCAUAAUGCUUCAAUAGAUGAGUCAAACCAGAACUGGAGGAUUUACCCACUUCCCAAACUUAACUCCAGAGAGAAGCAACAAAUGCAGCCCAAGAGGGAUCUCUGGACAGAAAGACUGGUGCAAUGUGGCUACCAGAAUCACAGCUUCACCCCUGAAGAAAGAUCAGAGGGAACGUUCCUUAUGAAAAUGAUCGAAUGGCCAAAACCACCCAACUCUGCUGUGCCCUUUCAGAAAAGCAGCAACCCAGCAUACAGUCCCUUUGUAAUUUUAAAUUCUGCAAAGACUUUCUAUGUGGGGGAUCAGUUUCAAGUGAUGCUGCAGAUGUAUGAUUUUGAUGGUCACCCAAAGCGAUAUGGGGGUGACUAUCUCCAAGCUCGGAUCCACACCCCAGCUUUAAAAGCUGGUUCAGCAGGAACAGUUAUAGACAACCAAAAUGGAUUUUACUAUAUCAAUUUUAACUUAUCUUGGCCGGGAAAAGUUGAAGUCUCUGUUUUACUGGUUCAUCCCAGUGAAGGGAUCCAAGUACUUAAAAGACUACGUGAGGAACGGCCAGAGAGAGUAUAUUUUAAAAGUACCUUCAAAUCAGGAGCUGUCUCCGAGACCACUGUGUGUAAUCUUUGUUUGUCUCAAUCGCAACCAUUCUGUAACUUUACUGAUGUCAGGACUGGGGAGCCUUGGUUCUGUUACAAACCAAAGGAGCUUCCCUGCUCUGCUCGUAUCAACCAUAUUAUGGCGGGCUAUGAGCAGAACCUUUUAGAAGGAGAAGAAGGUCAUUAUUUCCAAAGUCAGGUCAAUGUCAAGAAGCCCAUAUUGCCCAGUGGCCUGGCUCAUGUAACUGUAAAGCCUUCACCCCAUGCAGGUAAAGAUCUCAGAGAAUGUGUCCCCGGCAAGUCGUUGCUUUCACCAGCUGGAUUUUAUUAUCAGGACAAAUGGAUGUCAACAAGCUGUAACAUCCGACGUUUUGACACUCCUGUAGUUAUCACAGACUGUCUCCGUGGGAAAAAUGUUUAUAUUCUUGGAGAUUCUACUAUCCGCCAGUGGUUUGAAUAUUUGACUGAAUUUGUGUCAGGUCUGAGGAAGUUUGAUCUUGGCAAUCUGAGAAAGGCGGGGCCACAUCUCGCUUUGGAUAUAGACAACAAGAUCAAGAUGGAAUACUAUGCUCAUGGAACACCGAUCCGAAUCCUCCCCGUUUCAAAUCAGGAUCUGCCAUUCAUCGCAAAUAAACUGGAUGAGAUUAAAGGUGGAAAGAACACUGUUAUAGCCUUCACCAUUUGGUGUCAUUUCAACACUUUCCCAGUUGAACCAUACAUCCGCAGGCUCCAGAACAUCCGCAGGUCAAUUCUACGAUUGCUGGAAAGGAGCCCAGAUACACUGGUUGUAAUAAAGACUGCCAAUGUCCAGGCCCUUCCGCGGGACGUCAGUCUCUACAACAGUGACUGGUAUUCCUAUCAACUUGACUUAGUGAUGAGAAAGAUGUUUGAGGGCAUCAACGUGGCAUUUGUGGAUGCCUGGGAGAUGACAAUAGCACAUUACCUACCUCAUGAAUUACAUCCCAAAAGCAUCAUUAUAAAGAAUGAAAUAGAAGUAUUUCUUUCAUAUGUGUGUCCAUUGUAAAAGUGUUAAAUGUCAUUUUAAAUUUGUUUCAAUAAUUUUCAGUUAUCAUGAAAUUUCAAUUGAUUUAAAGUACAAUAAAAAAUUACAAUGCCAUCAAAACU